AGGAAGCCAUGUUGGAAUGGAUAUCUUAAACAUGAAGCAACGAUGUCUACAACAAAACCAUAAAACCACCAACCAUUUUUCUUGUUACCUGUUAUUGCCACACAAACAAAAGUAAGAGAUGGAAGUAUACGAAGAGGGGAACAAACAUGCGGAAAUGUUACAACUGGCUGGUGUUGAAUCUCUUCUCUCCAAUGAAGGAAAGGCGAGAGGAAUUGUAGUGUUUGGCAUUUCUGGUCUUCAAUUUAUUUUUUGUUCUGAUGUUCUAAACAAAGUGUGUUUUCUAGUUCUCUCAUGAAAUUUAUUCAAGCCCUCAUUCAGAAAGAAAGCAUAGGCUUUUCUAUAUUUUUCACUCUGAAUAAUUACUUCUCUGCAAGAUUAUGUUCACUGUUCUGAAAAUACAUGUUGGUAUGCAGGCAAGCUUUAACUACACUAAACAAACAUCGAUCUAUAAAAGUUCUCCAGGAGAAAGUUGCUGUGUUCUUUAAGCAGUAACUGAAAUCUCUGCAGAAGUUUAAACUGCAAAAAUGGGUACUUGACAUAACUCUUCAAAGUAGGAUAACUAACUAUUUCAUUUGGAAACUAAAAAUAUAGUUUACAACAACACAGUACAGCCCAAGGCCACAAAAUUGUAUUGCACUUGUUCUCAAAAGAAAAGAAAUUGUUGUUUUUCCAAAUUUGUCUCAUUGAAAGCACUGAAUAUCUUUCGUGCAAAAGCAGGAAGUACCUCUGUCCUCCAUCAAAGGGAAGACGAUCUGCCUCUUCUUCUCAGCUCACUGGUUCAGGCCAUGCAGGAACUUCACCCCAAAGCUACUCCAAAUCUACACAGCUCUCCAGAACACCGACAAGAAUAUUGAGAUAAUAUUCAUAUCACUUGACCACGGGGAGAUCAACUUCUUGGAUCACUUCAAAGGCAUGCCAUGGCUCGCCUUGCCAUUCGAUACUGGCCUAAGGAGAAAGUUGUGCACCCACUUUGGCAUUGAGCAUAUCCCCUCAUUGAUUCCUUUGUCAGCAACACCAUCCGGUGGGUUUGGAUUCGACGAGGAUGCAGUAAGGCUGGUUGAGGAGUACGGAGUAGAUGCAUACCCCUUCAGUGCAAAGAUGAGAGGGGAGCUGGAAGCCAUGGACGAUGUCAGGAGACAAGGAGGUAAGCUUCAGGAGCUUCUUGGCUGCAAGGAGAGAGACUAUGUCAUAAGUGCAGAUAGCAUAAAGAUUCCUAUAGCUGACCUUAUUGGCAAGACAGUCGGCCUGUACUUUGGAGCACACUGGUGCCCACCUUGCCGUGCCUUCACAAAACAGCUCAGGGAGGUGUACAAUGAGCUGAAAAUCUUAAGACCUGGAAGCUUUGAAGUUAUCUUCAUUUCUAUAGACCGCGGUAAAGAGGAAUUCCAAGCAAACCUGAGUGCAAUGCCAUGGUUUGCCAUCCCCUACUCUGACACUGCCAGGCAAGAGCUUACAAGAAUAUUUGCUAUCAAGGGCAUCCCAGCACUCCUGAUACUUGGUCCGGAUGGUAAAGUUCUAAAACAGAUGGCAGGUCAGCAAUUUCCACUUACGGUGGAACAGCAUUCCCCUUCACAGAAUCUAGAGUUUCUUAGGUGGAAGAAGUGCUCAGGAAAGAGGGACACAGGCUGCCUUGCUGAGUGAAUGAUCCCAGACACGAGCAUGAUCUUGAAUUGGACAUGGCUAAGGCAUAUGUCUGUGAUCAAUGCCAGCAGCAGGGAAGGUAUUGGGUGUUCUCUUGCAAGCAGUGCAACUUUGAUCUUCACCCCUCGUGUGUAGGAGAAAGUACUUUGGGCAACAUCUGAGAUACGUAUGGUUCAAAAAUACCUGACAACAAUUAUGCAUGUACACUGUGUUCUGCAGUUCUAGCGGCAACGUGGCAUUGAAAAAACACUGCCACUGUAAUAGAUUGGGCUUGAUGGAAGAAAUGGAUAAGAACUCUUGUUCGCUGAACGCAAGAACUACUAGGUAAACCUGCUGAAGGAAAUAAGUAAUCAAUUAUAAAAAUUCAAACAACACU